GGUGCUCGACUUGCUGGUUCUGGCGCGCUGUCUGGAGUGAAAUCUUGUUGAAAUUUUUACAUAGGUAUCGUUUGCACUUAUUAGAAAUACUGUUGUUUGUACAUUUGUAGCAGUUGGUGAGUUCCAAGUGUGAUCCGAUCACAAUGGUUCAUAAGCGUAAGAGAAAGCCACAGCACAAGGAUGGACGCGAUAACUGUGACAACAAACGCCAUACGCCGUACGAGGAUCUGAUUCGGGAGAACGGAAGCUUUGAGAAAUACUACAAGGCUCAAAAGCUGGUCGCUUCUGAUGAGGAAUGGGGUAGAAUGGUAGAGUGCCUCAAAUCGGAUCUACCGUCUUCUUUUCGCAUUACUGCGGGACUCCCAGAGACAAAAUUUUUGCUCAAGAUCGUCAAAGGGAAAUAUUUCACAGAACUCUUAAGAGGCGCGGAGGCCACAACACCUCAGCAGAUAUCUUGGUACCCUGGGGGUUUGGCUUGGCAGCUUGACAUGUCGCGAGUUAAGAUACGCAAAUUCGACGAAUACAAACGUCUGCAUCGUUUUCUAAUCAGCGAAUGCGAUAAUGGAAAUAUCUCCCGACAGGAGACUGUGUCCAUGAUACCACCGGUCGUGCUGGACAUCGUGCCCGGCCAGAUGGUGCUCGACUUGUGCGCUGCGCCCGGCAGUAAGACAUCACAGAUAAUAGAAAUGUUGCACCAGGGUGAGACGAAAGUUCCAAAUGGCCUUAUUGUUGCAAAUGACGUUGAUAAUAAGCGGUGCUACAUGCUCAUGCAUCAGGCAAAGCGACUUCGCUCUUCGUGCCUUCUGGUAGUGAACCACGACGCCUCUCAGCUGCCUAACCUACACAUGGCUAAUGGCCAGAUGCUGAAAUACGACCGUGUACUUUGCGACGUACCAUGCACUGGGGAUGGUACUCUACGGAAGAAUGCUGACUUGUGGAAGAAAUGGAAUACGGCCAAUGGAAACAGCAUUAAUGGACUGCAGGUGCGGAUAGCCCGCCGGGGUCUUGAACUUCUAACUGUUGGGGGUCUUAUGGUAUAUUCAACGUGCUCUCUAAACCCAGUGGAAAAUGAAGCUGUAGUAGCACAUUUGUUAAAAGAAUGCGAAGGAGCCAUUAAGAUCGAAGAUGUUCGGCAUCGUCUACCAGGACUUGUAGCUUCUCCUGGCCUCGAAACAUGGAAAGUCGCAUCAAAAGAUGUUCAGCUUUUCGACAGUUACGAGAAAGUUCCCGAAAAUAUGAAAACUCAGAUAACAGCAAGGAUGUUCCCGCCUGCUCCAGAAGAUGUCAAGAACUAUAACCUCGACAGGUGUCUCCGUAUUCUCCCUCACCAGCAAGAUACCGGUGGCUUUUUUGUGACUGUUUUCCAUAAAGUGAAGCCUUUGCCAUGGGAAAGUAAAAAGGAACACGGCAAAGAAGUGGAAAAGGUGUCUGAGACUGGUGGUCAACCGACAGAUGGCGACGCGGAUGAAUCUGGUGACAUGCCCAAUAAGCCGCAUCCUGAAAGGGUAAAUCGCAAACUGAAGAAGCCUCGAGGCUACAAAGAAGAUCCGUACAUUUUCAUUGAUCCUCUCGAUGAAGCCAUCUGCAACACCCGAAAAUUCUACCAACUCACUGAAGAUUUUCCAGCUGACCAACUUCUGUGCCGAUCUACAGAGGGUCAGCGACGCAAUAUCUAUUUAGUGUCGCCGCUAGUCAAGGAAGUCCUUCAACACAAUGAGAGUCGACUGAAAGUUAUCAACACAGGUGUACGAGUCUUCUCCAGAGCUGAAGGACGAGAGGAGCUUGGUUGUGACUUCAGAAUUGCGCAGGAGGGGUUAAGUACUAUGUUGCCAUACAUUGGUGAGGCACGUAGGCUGCGGCUAUCAAUUGAGGAUACAGCGGUGAUGCUGCAGCACGAAUUUCCGCUUGAGGAACAGUACUCAUCUAAACUACGAGAGGCCUUCAAAGACAUGGAAAAAGGCUGUGUAAUCCUUUCGUAUAUAUCGUGCCGGGGAGAGGAAGAAGAAUUUGAUGUGAGCUUCUCCGGCCGGUUAGGGAAGGCUACGCUCCGGUGCUACAUCGCUAAACAGGAAAGACCACAUUAUCUACGCUUAUGUGGUCUCGAUGACAGCUCUGAAUGCGACAGUGUCCUUGAACGUGAUAAAAAAACGGUUGUGGCAAUCACGGAGACGAACAACAAUUCGCAAGAGGGAAGUAACAACAGCUCUGGGGUUACGAAUUGCGAUAAAGAAAAGAUGGCCGAUAAAGAGGUUUCAACCGAAGUGCCUGAAAAAAAACCGAAGAUAGAGAUUCGGGAGGAGGAUGUCAAAGCUUGACAAAUGCUCGUUAAUCUGACUAUCUAUUCAUUCUUUAUAAAUUGUGCACAAACAAUGGAAGCUCGGUUACGGGCCAGCAUAUAAAUUGGGCUUCGUAUCAUAGGUAAGGCUGAAUUUACUUAGGUUGAAUAAAGUCACGUCGCUUAGACGAGGUAAAAGGUGUUAAUUUUGGUCCCUAUCUUGAUAGGGGCUACGUUCUGUUGACGAUGAACGACGUUGGUUUAUAUGAAAAUCUUGCGUAUCCAAAUACUGGAUAUAUGUGUACAGUACUUUAGUUUAUAUUGAAAUGUGUAUUUUGGAAUAAAUAAGCCACUGUUUAUUUAAUGAUAAAAGUAUAUGGGCCCUUAUUAAAACCUUAUAUUUUUAACGCUACACACAAUUCAGCACUACCGUGCUAAGCUGUUUAAAACUUGGGACUCCAAUAAAAGCUAAAUUACACCCUGCUUUGUCAAAUACCCUAUUUUGGACUUAAUGGUGCUUUUGCGUCGGCUUCCCGUAUUGCCAAAUACGUAUGGUCUUUUGUAAU